CCGGCCAGCCCGCUGGGUGUGGGCCGAUGCCCGGGCUGCGUCGUGCUCCCUGCGCUCGCGAACCUGCAGCCAGGGAUGACGGCCACCCAGGAGGACGCCUUCCCCUAUGGAGACUACCUGAACUCCAGCCAGCUGCACAUGGAGCCUGAUGAGGUGGACACUCUGAGAGAGGGAGAGGACCCAGCUGACCGAAUGCACCCCUUCCUGGCCAUCUACGAUCUUCAGCCUCUGAAAGUGCACCCCUUGGUGUUUGCCCCCGGAGUCCCUGUCACAGCUGAGGUGGUGGGCACUGAGAGAUACACCAGUGGAUCUAAGGUGGGAACCUGCACUCUAUAUUCUGUCCGUUUGACUCAUGGCGACUUUACCUGGACAACGAAGAAGAAGUUUCGUCAUUUCCAGGAGCUACACCGUGACCUCCAGAGACACAAAGUCUUGAUGAGUCUGCUCCCCUUGGCUCGCUUUGCCAUUCCCUCGGUUCCAGCCCGAGAGGCAGCCAACUUGGAGAUGCCCUCUUUACCCCGGGGAGGUCCUGAGGGCUCCACCAGACAUGCAGCCAGUAAACAGAAAUACCUGGAGAAUUACCUCAACCGCCUCCUAACUAUGUCAUUCUACCGCAACUACCACGCCAUGACAGAGUUCCUGGAAGUCAGUCAGCUCUCGUUUAUCCCAGACCUGGGCUCCAAAGGACUGGAAGGGGUGAUCCGGAAGCGCUCAGGUGGUCACCGGGUUCCUGGUCUCACCUGCUGCAGCCCAGACCAAGUUUGUUAUCGCUGGUCCAAGAGGUGGCUGGUGGUGAAAGACUCCUUUCUGCUCUACAUGUGUCUGGAGACAGGCAACAUCUCCUUUGUUCAGCUCUUCGAUCCCGGCUUUGAGGUACAGGUGGGGAAAAGGAGCACAGAGACCCGAUAUGGAGUGCGGAUUGACACCUCCCACAGGUCCUUGAUUCUGAAGUGCAGCAGCUACCGGCAGGCACGGUGGUGGGGCCAAGAGAUCACUGAGUUGGCCCAGGGCCCAGGCAAAGACUUCCUAGAGCUACAUCGGCACGACAGCUAUGCCCCACCCCGGCCUGGGACCCUAGCCCGGUGGUUUGUGAAUGGGGCAGGUUACUUUGCUGCUGUUGCAGAUGCCAUCCUGCGCUCUCGACAGGAGAUUUUCAUCACAGACUGGUGGUUGAGCCCUGAGGUUUACCUGAAGCGUCCAGCCCAUUCUGAUGACUGGAGACUAGAUAUUAUGCUCAAAAGGAAGGCGGAGGAGGGUGUCCGGGUGUCUGUACUACUGUUUAAGGAAGUGGAAUUGGCCUUGGGCAUCAACAGUGGCUACAGCAAGAGGACUCUGAUGCUGUUGCACCCCAACAUAAAGGUGAUGCGUCACCCAGAUCUGGUGACGUUGUGGGCCCACCAUGAAAAACUUCUGGUAGUAGACCAAGCGGUGGCCUUCUUAGGGGGGCUGGACCUUGCCUAUGGCCGCUGGGAUGACCUGCACUACCGACUCACUGAUCUUGGGGACACCUCUGAGUCAGCUGCCUCACAGCCUCCCACCCCAUGCCCAGACUCUGUGGGCACUCCGGACCUGUCUCACAACCACUUCUUCUGGCUGGGCAAGGACUACAGCAAUCUCAUUACUAAGGAUUGGGUGCAGCUGGACCGGCCUUUUGAAGAUUUUAUUGACAGGGAGACCACCCCCCGGAUGCCAUGGCGGGAUGUGGGGGUGGUUGUCCAUGGCUCAGCAGCCCGUGACCUUGCCCGUCACUUUAUCCAGCGCUGGAACUUCACCAAGACCACCAAGGCCAAGUACAAGACACCCACGUACCCCUACCUCCUGCCCAAAUCCACCAGCACUGCGAGCCAUCUGCCAUUCACACUCCCAGGUGGGCAGUGCGCCACUGUACAGGUGUUGCGGUCUGUGGACCGUUGGUCAGCUGGGACUUCGGAGAAUUCCAUCCUAAAUGCCUAUCUCCACACCAUCAGAGAGAGCCAGCACUUCCUCUACAUUGAGAAUCAGUUCUUCAUUAGCUGCUCAGAUGGUCGCACGGUUCUGAACAAGGUGGGCGAUGAAAUUGUGGACAGAAUCCUGAAGGCCCACAAACAGGGCCAGUGUUUCCGUGUCUAUGUGCUCCUGCCCUUGCUCCCUGGCUUUGAGGGGGACAUCUCCACAGGUGGUGGUAACUCCAUCCAGGCCAUUCUGCACUUCACUUACAGGACCCUGUGUCGUGGGGAGUAUUCAAUCCUACAUCGUCUCAAAGCAGCCAUGGGGACAGCAUGGCGGGACUAUAUGUCCAUCUGUGGGCUUCGCACACAUGGAGAGCUGGGUGGGCACCCGGUCUCAGAGCUCAUCUACAUCCACAGCAAGAUGCUCAUUGCAGAUGACCGGACAGUCAUCAUUGGUUCUGCGAACAUCAAUGACCGAAGUUUGCUAGGGAAAAGGGACAGUGAGCUGGCUGUGCUGAUUGAGGACACAGAGAUGGAGCCUUCCCUCAUGGAUGGGGCAGAGUACCAGGCAGGCAGGUUUGCCUUGAGUUUGCGGAAGCACUGCUUCAGUGUGAUUCUCGGGGCAAAUGGCCGGCCAGACCUAGAUCUUCGAGACCCUGUCUGUGAUGACUUCUUCCAGUUGUGGCAAGAGACAGCAGAGAACAAUGCCAAUAUCUAUGAACAGAUCUUUCGUUGCCUGCCAUGCAAUGCCACACGUUCCCUGCGAACUCUCCGGGAAUAUGUAUCUGUGGAGCCCCUGGCUGUGGUCAGCCCUCCCUUGGCCCGGUCUGAGCUCAGCCAAGUCCAGGGCCACCUGGUUCAUUUCCCCCUCAAGUUUCUGGAGGAGGAAUCUUUGCUGCCCCCAUUGGGGAGCAAGGAAGGCAUGAUACCCUUAGAAGUGUGGACAUAAGAAGGUCACCAGGCACCAUGUCUGCCUCCCUGCCCCAACCCUGAGAACUGAGGGCCAGGGCCCCCGGAGCUCUGGGGAGAUGCAAAUUCCUGACGGGGACGAGAGGUGUCACAGAGGACCCUUUCUUGGAAAGAAUGUAAAGGGGGCACCUUGAGCCUGGCAUAUGAAGACAAAAUAGCGUCCUAGUGAUAUUCAUCCAUCUGCUGGCCAGCUGAAACCACUACUACAGAGGGGAAGCCGAUCCUAGCUAGGAGGUGUGGGAGUCGGGCGUCUUACUCCAGGAGGAAGGGGUGCUGCCUUAGGCCUUUCCUGGCUCUCCAUUCUCCUGCUCUUAACCCCCUCGAGUUCCGGGCCCUCUUCUAGCCCACUGCUCCAGGAUGGAAGGCAGGAUGGAUCCCCUCUGGCUGCAGCCUCUGCUGAAGAUAGAGACAUGGAGCACACAUUAACUCCUUUGACCAACCAACCUGUUGAAAGACACUAAUUUUGUACCAGUUUAGUAAACAUUUCAUAAAUAAAAAUGUAGAAAA